UUGGUGGUGAUGAUAAUCACCGCAGCCUUGCAGAACUGCGCCUCCUCCUCCUUCUCCUCUUCAUCAUUGCAGGCUCCUGUCAUUUCUUCUUCUUUCUCUGCUUUUGCGCGCACUCGUCUGUAAUCGCAAUCAAAUUAUACUACGACUGUGUUUUGCAAAAACAAAAACAAAAAAGAGAUAUACACACUCUUCUCUCUUUUCCGAACGCUACGUCCCAUCGUACCGUACCUCGAAUGCCCGAGAUCAUCGAGCGACGGACCACAAUUUUCAUCAUGUCUUGCGGCGACCUCUUUCUGGGGCUGCUUGCUGUCCUAUUCCCACCCAUUGCAGUCUGGAUCAAGUCUGGAAUCUGCUCUUGUGAUUCCUUGAUCAACAUCCUCCUCUGCAUUCUGGGUUACGUCCCUGGCCUGAUCCACGCUUGGUACAUUAUCGCUCGCAACCCUGAACGUGACUACGACUACGAAGCCGUCCCGGACGCCGAAGGGGGAAGAGUCACGUACUAUUACAUCCGGCACGAACCGUCGAGGCGAGACUACGGCACCCAACAACGUGGCCAUGACCGCCCUGCUCCCCUACCGCCGAAGCCCCAGAGUCGACCUGCGCAACCCGGUAAUGCGGCGAGUGGGGGGGAGGGAAGCAGCAACAACAGGCCAGCGCCUCAUCCGACCCAAGCUGAGGGACCGAGCGUCGGUGCGGGUGGCGAUAAUCCAGAAGCACCGCCUAGCUAUUCAGAUGUCGUGAAGGGAGACAACAAAAUCCAAACUCAAGACUAAAAGAACCACGGAGAGAUAUUGGUGCUGCGGAAUGUAACAUUACCUACUUGCUAGGAUGGUUGUUGGGGAUCGGGAUUGGAGUUGAGGGACUUAUUGUGCAACCUGAAGCCAGGUCGCAGAUGAAGACACGAAGCUUUUAUAAUGAUGUGGCUGGCAUGAAAGUAUUUUGUUUAGUCGUUUCUUAGCUACACUGGAGACAGUAAUGCGUUGAAAAGGACUUAUUCUUCCAGCGAUCCUAAACUAGGGAAAGCCUUGUGGUGAAACACUCCCUUUUGACGCAGAUCGUUGAUCAGGUCACCAACAGCACGCUUCUUUUCCAAACCGCC